GGACGUCUUUGUUUGUGUGCGCAUGCGCUUAUCACUGUAGGCAUAAAAUCACCACGAAUGCAAGCCAGAGGAAGAGAAGGCACGCAGGCAGAUUGAUCGCAGAAGAACUGGGAGGACAGGCUGGUUUAGUCCAGAGAUCCGUCUCUCCACUCCUCUGAAGUUUAUUUCGGAACUUACGAACAUAAACAUGUCUUGGCCUCAAGAAACGUAUUUAGCCAAUCCCAGAAUCAUGCAUGCACAUGAGACCUUCGUGGAUAUGUUGCAUGGAAGAACGAAGUUCAGCCUUUUAGACGCCCUGAGCUUGGUGUCUCUUGGUGUUGAUGAGGAUGGGAAUGGCUCGGAGAAUGAUAUCCGCACCACUGAGGUGUACUGUGGCGUGACCCGAAACUUCUAUCGCAAACCACGAGUCACUGUAGUGGCUAGGCGGAGCAUCACACGAGAGGCCAUGCAGAAGGCGGACCAAACUGCUGAAGAGCUAAUAGAGGAAGAGGAGCGAUUAAAACAGAAGACUGAGAAGAAGAAGCUUAAGAAAAUGCGGCAAAAAGAGAAAAAGCGACAAGAGAAAGAAGAAAGGGAAGGAGCUAAAGAAAAUCAGACUAAAGGAGAUAUUAAGAAUAAAAAGGAAAAUAAGAAGAGUACUGGUUCAUCUCACAAACAAUGCAACCCUGACUGCAGUGAUGAGAAGGAUGAGGAGGACAAAGACAGUAUUUCUAGUGAAAAAGUGUGUUCGAAAAUGAAAAACCAACGGGGGAAAGAGGGAAAAAAGAAUUCUAUUAAAACUAAUGAUAAACAGAUUAUAGAUAGUAACGACACACUUAAUAUUAACAAAAAGGUAAAAAAUAAGAAGUUGGAAGAUCCUGAUGUCAGUCCACAAUGCUCCUCUGAUGGCAGUAGUGGUGAAGAUGGCGACGACUACUACGAGCCGGAGGAGGAGGGCGAGGAGAGUGAGCUGGAGGAGCUUGACAUGAACAGCUGUUUUGUGUCCAACGCCGCCGCCACACUCGCCAAGCGUCAGCUUGAGAAGGCCAAAGACAAGAGGGAGAAGAGGGACAGAAAAGCGGGGGAUUCUGGCAAGGAGUCGCCCAAGCCUGAUGUGGAACAGCAGGACUGUAAAACCAAUCAAGAGGUCCCACUAGCCCCUUAUCAGAAUAAGGUUAAGGCGGAACCAGAGAAAAACAUCACAGAUCCUGUUACACGAAGUAUGGAACUGGCCUUCAUUGGGAAUCAAUAUGCAGCUAAUGGAAAUUUGGAAUUGGCGGUCAAAUAUUUCACAGAUGCCAUCAUGCACAACCCUAGAGAAUACAAGUUGUUUGGGAACCGUUCCUUUUGCUUUGAGAAGAUGGAGCAGUUUGAGAAGGCCUUGAUGGAUGCUAACGUCGCUCUGUCCAUGAACCCCCAGUGGAUCAAAGGCCUGUACCGUAAAGGCAGGGCCCUCUCUGGCUUAAAGCGGUUUAUGGAGGCCAUGCAUGUAUAUAAGGAGGUGCUGGCCCUGGACAGCAGCUGUGCCGAUGCCGCUCAGGAGCUCAUUAAAGUGCAGAUUCUGCAGCUUAUGGAAAUGGGUUUCUCUCGAGAGCAGAGUACAAAUGCCAUGAUUGUCCAUGGAAAUGUAGAAAAAGCCUUAGAUGCUCUCUCUGGGUUUCAAGGCACGUAUAUUCCUGUUCCCAAGACUGCCCAGCAGCAGGAGUGGGUGCGAGUAGAGAAACGCGCCCAGUCCCCCAAGCCUGGCCCCCCCACGGGCCCUCCACCAGGCCCUCAACUGCAGCAGUCCACCCCAGUCAUCCAGCCUCCACAGCCAAGGCCAAUCCAGCCGGAGCUGUUCCCUGUCUGGGUUGGUUGCCCUCCACAAAUCUUAUCAGAAGCCUUUAUUUACGACUUGUUUCGAAAAGUUGGCGUUGUGCACAGUGUGAAGGUUUUGAGAAACAAAAAUUGUGCUUUUGUGAAUUACAUCAAACGAGAAGACUGUGACCGAGCCAUUGCCAAACUGCAUGGGCUUGUCAUAGCAGGAGGCUGUCCUCUUGUGGUGCGCUUCCCUGAUAGGAUACACCCACACCUGGGGGUGUCCAAGGGGGCUGCUACUGUGGCCACAGAUAAACUCCCAGACGAGUGCAAUUUUUGGAGAAACAUGGGGUGCAUCAAGAAUCAGGGCUGCCAGUACAGACACGUCCCUGAGAACAAGGGCAUCGACCGCAGAGGGAAGUAGCCCACGGAUUAACCAUUGCAGCCACAUCCCCUCUACCAAGGUCAUCGAUUUCAACCUGUGUCCAUUCCAUGCACCUUUGCUAAUCAUGUACCAAUGCAUUCCUUGACGCACACAUUCCGACAGAUGUCUGUGCCAUGGCGGAUGCACAGGCCUACAUGCACACAAUGACGCCUCAUUCUUUAGAUUUUACACAUGCACCAAUUGUGUUUCUGACAGGCACACGAAUCAAAGGGCCUUCUUUCAAAUAUACACAUAACCAAUCGUGUCCAAGACAUGCAGCUUAAUCAGAUUUCCUGUCAGCGUUCCACAUAACUCACCUGUUCAUAAUCAAAAGCGUUUCAGAUCUUACAUGACCAGUUCUCAGCCGUUCCAAUAGCAGUCAUAUGCAAUCCGUAUGCACAUAGGUGCUGCAUCUAGAGUUACUGUUCUCUUGUGUUCUCUGUAGGUGUUCUGCAUUGUUUGUGCGCAAAGGCUCUCUCCAGGUUGCUGGCCUCUCUGUCCUCUGCCUUAGCGUGGAUUGUAUCUUGAUUAAGGUGUCGUGAUCAUUAGUGGGAAGGGACGUCUUAAAUUUCAGGAUUCUUUGUUUGAUUACCCAUCCAAUCAAGGCAUUAUUUAAAUUUCCUUUUUUCUUUCUCUACUUUUUAUUUCUUUCUGAACACCGCUUUUGGUGUUUUAUAUGCAUUUUGUUUUAAAAAAGGGUUUAAUUUGCCGAUUUCUUUUCAAAUGUUACAAAAUGACUGCAGUCAGAGGGUUUAGGUUGAAAGUCCUUUGUUAUGCUGAUGGUUCAAUGGCAAAUAAAAAUGGGCAGUGGCAGCAAAUUUUAGCUUGUGCCAAAUUAUUGUUUUAAAUUGAGAAAUUUCAAUUGUCUUAAAAAAAAAAGAAAAAGGGCUUUUAAACGUUUAUUGAAAAUCACUGUUUUAAUUUGUUAUGCUGUUAUACCCUAUACCCUUUGUUUUUAUUAAAUUCUCCUCUUUGAA